UUCACACGUAGCUCUUUUGGGGGAUCGAGUGUUUGCAUCUGGCAACUCUGCCUCGGACCGUUGCGGGGAUGAGCAGAGGCUAAUGGCUGACUGGGAGUUAUGGAUUAACUAACGUUUGCCACUAAUAAAUGUGAAGCGACGUUUGUGUCUGGUUCUGAUGUGGGCAUCCCUACUGGUGAACUGUUCCUGAAACUGCACUUGGAAGAUAGAGGAUACAAAGUGCCAAGCCGUGUGGGUUGGCAGCUGCUCCUCACCAUGUCCAAGAGCAAGAGUUCAGAGUCAGUCAAGGUGGUAGUCCGUUGUCGGCCCAUGAAUGAAAAAGAACGGGCAGCCAAGUUUGAAAGGGUCGUCUCUGUCGAUGUAAAACUGGGCCAAAUUAUUGUCAGGAACCCCAGGGAAGCUUCAGCCAAUGAACUCCCCAAAGUUUUUACUUUUGAUUCAGUCUACGACUGGAACUCCAAACAAAUAGAUCUCUAUGAUGAAACCUUCAGGCCCCUGGUGGAUUCAGUUCUUCUUGGUUUCAAUGGGACCAUCUUUGCCUAUGGGCAGACGGGUACAGGGAAGACAUACACUAUGGAGGGGGUGAGAAAUGAUCCAGAGAGGAGAGGGGUGAUCCCUAACUCCUUUGAGCACAUCUUCACACACAUCUCACGGUCCCAGAAUCAGCAAUACCUGGUGAGAGCAUCAUAUCUUGAAAUUUACCAAGAGGAGAUCAGAGACUUGCUGUCCAAGGACCAAUCACGUCGUCUUGAGCUCAGGGAGCGGCCUGACACGGGUGUGUAUGUUAAAGACCUUUCAUCAUUUGUCACCAAGAGUGUGCGGGAGAUCGAGCAUGUCAUGAAUGUGGGCAACCAGAAUCGUUCAGUGGGUGCCACUAACAUGAAUGAACACAGCUCCCGGUCUCACGCCAUAUUCGUCAUCACUGUUGAGUGCAGCGAGUUGGGCGUGGAUGGGGAGAACCAUAUCAGAGUUGGCAAAUUGAACCUUGUAGAUUUAGCUGGCAGUGAAAGGCAGACCAAAACUGGUGCUCAGGGGGAGAGGCUUAAAGAAGCGACAAAGAUCAAUCUGUCACUUUCUGCUCUGGGGAAUGUCAUAUCAGCUCUGGUGGAUGGCAGAAGCAGCCACAUCCCCUACCGAGAUUCAAAACUCACCCGUUUGCUGCAGGACUCUCUGGGGGGUAAUGCCCGCACUGUCAUGGUUGCAAACAUUGGCCCAGCAUCCUACAAUGUGGAGGAGACCUUGACAACACUGCGCUACUCCAAUAGGGCAAAGAACAUCAAGAAUAAACCACGAAUCAAUGAGGAUCCCAAGGAUGCCCUACUGAGGGAGUUUCAGGAGGAGAUAGCGAGGCUGAAAGCACAGCUGCAAAAGCGCUCAGGAAAGAAGAAAAAGAGGAGGCAGAGGAGGCGAGCUGGGGAAGGGAGCGAUGAUGAGGAUCUGGAAGAUGGAGAGACAGAGGAUGAUGAUGAAGAUGGAGACGACAAAGGAGAUUACUGGCGGGAGCAGCAGGAGAAGCUGGAGAGAGAGAGAAAGGCUAUCAUGGAGGAUCACAGUCUGGUGGCUGAGGAGAAAGUUCGACUGCUUAAGGAGAAAGAGAGGAAAAUGGAGGACUUGAAGAGGGAGAGGGAGGCUGGAGAGAUGCUUGCAGCCAAAGUUAAGGCAAUGGAGAGUAAGCUUCUAGUUGGGGGGAAGAACAUUGUGGAUCACACUAACGAACAACAGAGAAUGCUGGAGCAGAAGAGGCAGGAAAUCGCUGAACAGAAACGCAGAGAGCGAGAGAUGCAGCAACAGAUGGAGAGUCGUGAUGAAGAGACUCUGGAGUUGAAGGAGACCUACAGUUCUCUGCAGCAGGAGGUUGACAUCAAAACCAAGAAGCUGAAAAAGCUGUUUGCCAAGCUGCAGGCAGUGAAGGCAGAAAUCCAUGACAUCCAGGAGGCACACAUCAAAGAGCGCCAGGAGUUGGAACAGACCCAGAACGAGCUCACCAGGGACCUCAAACUCAAGCAUCUGAUCAUUGAGAACUUCAUUCCCUUAGAGGAAAAGAACAAAAUAGUCAACAGAGCUUACCUUGAUGAGGAGGAUGAGUACUGGAAAAUGAAGCCCAUUACACGUAUAGAGGAUGAACAUCAGAUGAUGACCAGGCCUCUGUCUGCAGUCGGCUACAGGAGGCCUCUCUGUCACCAUGCUCGCAUGGCCAUGAUGAUGAAGCCUGACAUGAGAUAUAAAGCUGAAAACAUCCUGAUACUGGACAUGGACCUGCCAGCACGGACCACUAAAGAGUAUCAGGAGCCGGUUAUCGCCCCAAAGGUGGCAGCAGCUCUGGAGGAUGCUCUUAGGGAUGAAGAUGAGAUCCAGGUAGAUGCCUCAGGCUUUCACAGCAGCUUGGGUCCAACCCCGCCAGCCAGCGCCAGUGGCAGCCUCAAGAAACCAAAGUCUGGUCGACCAAGAACAGGCAAGAAGUCGAGCACACCGACCUCUCCUUUCAGCCCCUCCAGCCCAGGAUCUCCUCUUUAUCCGCAAUCCCGUGGCUUGGUGCCCAAGUGACAGCUUCUGACACUUCUAUCACUACCACCAUCCUCUCUUGUGCACCUUUCCACUUUGGGACUCAACUUUGAGAGAAAUGGGUUAGGUUUUGUCAAAGUUGUGUUUUUUUUUCUUUGACCAGACUACAGAAUCUUGAAUUCUGCAAACAACAGAGCAAACUUUAAUACCAAUGCUGCUUUGUAGGUUUUAACUGUAACCACACCACUAUUAACUGAAGUCAUGAGCUUUUCAUUUGGAAAUUUGAAACCCCCUCAUCCUGAGUGCGAGUCAGUACAACAAUAGGACAGCAGCCAUGCAUGAAGCCUCACAUCACUCUGCACUGCUAUUACCUUUCCUUACAUUUGGCAGAAUGCCAACAAUGUCUUAUAUAUACAUCACAAUGUUCUUAAUGUACAGGAAAAACAAAGGUGGGCAUAGAACCCCCCUGGAUGGACUGCAGUAUCUUCAAUGCACUUCUUCCUCAUAUCUUCCCAGUGUGUGUUGAGUGUUGGAUGUUGUAGUCCUCUCUCUUGGUGUAACUGUGGACAUUGUGGGGGUGUGGUAGGGUUGAUGUAAAAACACAUGGACUAAGCAGCUCUGCUGCACUUGUCACUAACACAGUGUGUGUCUGUGUGUGUGUAAGUGUUUGUCAGCGUGUUGUUGUAUGUCUGGCUGCAUAUUUCUGUGUGUGUGUCUUUACGUCGCUGUCUAAAUACUGAACCUUUAUGUCAAACGGCGCUGUCUUUUUCCAUGGUUGGACUUCUGAUAUUGUUAGGGUGGAGCUUUAGCCUCCUGUAUGUGUUGUUUUGUGUCUUAAAGGAAUAGUUCAACAUUUUAAGAAAGGUUGCUUUGUCACAGAGAGUUAGAUGAGAAGAUUGAUAUCACUCUCAUGUCUGUAUGCUUAACAUGAAGCUAGCGGUAAUCCGUUUGUUUUGGCAGUCUUCACUGGUUGCUUAGUAACAUCAUAGUAAUGGCAAGGCUCCAGGAAGUAUUACUGCUAAGCUAAGCUAAUCAGCUCCUGGCUCUGGCUUCAUAUUUAGUAUACAGACAUGAGAGUAACAAAGAGGGGUAUUCCCUAAAAUGUUGAACUAUUGUUUUAACUCUGUAUGACUGUAAAUGUACAGGCCAGAAAGUAAAGCACACUACCGACUUGGCCUCUGUCACAAGUUGCUGUAAUCAGUAGAUGCUGUUCUUCCUGGAGCACACAAGACAGAGGUGGGGAACGAUGGAAGAGAGCUCAGUACAUUUACGCAAACAUUCAUGAUGGAUACAUUGUGGGUUGAAUGGCACUGCAGUCGGCCACCAGACAUCCUAGCAGGAGAUCAAUGCUAAGCACGCCCUGGGUCACUUCAAAGUUACUGUCCUCUGAUUCUGUGCCUCAGAUUCAUCAGGGUUCCAAGGUGCCUUAACCUGUGCCCAUAAUCUCUGCACCUUAAUUUAAAGUGUGCACACACAUUCUCCUUGGCCAGUGUUUUUAUCAUUUCAUCUACUCAUUCAUUCCAGCAUCAGGGAAAUAUGUACAGCAUGGUCCUGACAUUCCUGUCAGAAUGGGGUGCACACAUUAGAUGGAGAUUCAGAGCAUUUGGGCACAGCAUUCAACCUCCCCCAGGUUUCUGGCUAAGGGCCACAGGAAGGGAAGGUGGACAAAGAGUGAUGUGUUCAGCUUUUAUUUAUUUAUUUAUUUAUUUUAGUCUUUUACCCAAUCUACUUUUGUAUUGGUCUGAGUGGAAAACAACUGUUUGGUCUGACAGGACACUAAAAUCCCAGGGGAGUGUUGCGCUCUUCACACCAUUAUGCUGGUGCCACAAAACUCAGUCAAAACACUAUGGACUUGAAUGGAUCUGAAUACACAAACCAUUCCAUUUGUAUGCCUACAGAUGAAUAAUAUGCAGUUUUAACCUCCUUGAUUCAGCGGAUCUCUCUGCUGCUCUCUGUUCCCCAUUCUCUAACUGUGAGGGGUGUGCUGUCCACUUGCUGCUACUGUGUAGGGUUUUGCAACCCACUGUGACUUUUCAAUAGGCCUGGGCCAAAUGGCAAAUGAAAUCCUCUCCAAUACUUGAUACUUGCAGUUGAUUGUUAAAGAGGCAUCAUCAUCAAGCCCAUCUCAGUUGUUACAAGUUGAAAGUACUUCAAACUAAAGGCUCUCUUGCUGUUUGGCCCAUGCCUGCAUACAUUAAGUAGUUAGAUAUGUAACCGUGAAUAUUGACUUGAUAGAUGAUCUUCAGUCACUUUUGAAGCUCUAAAAAAAAAAAAAAUACUUCAAACAUGGGUUUCCAUAUUGAAAAAAUCUAACUUAUUAUAAUCUUUCAUUUUUUUAUAUACAGAUGUAGAUAUAAUUUUUUAUUCAGUUUUUUCUUUAAAAAUAGAUUGUUGUUUUAUUUUUUGAGCUUUGUAAUUUAAUGUUGAGAUUUUAUUUUUUGUGAUACACGUACUGUGUGUCUUCUUUUGUAUUCAGCAAGGUACAGGCUUUUUUGUGUGUGUGUGUGUGUGUGUGUGUGUGUACACUUAAAAAUGCUUCAGUCGAUGAGUUAACCACAUAUGAAAGCACGAGUCACCUGUUACUGAUUCAUGUUGCGUCUGAGCAUUUACACACUGACUGUUCAUUUAACUUUAUUAACACAAACAUAAUCUUUAGAAUAAGGCCUGAUUGUUGUAACUAACACUGCAAUGCUGUACACCUGCUGCAUGAUUUUAGCACGCUUGAGUAAAUAUGCUUGGUUGUGUGAGUAUUCAUCAAACAUAGAGAUUUGUUAAGCAAAAUGUGAAUGUCUUAAUUGAAUGGAAUACCUUUGCAUCUGUAUCCCAUAGCUACAUCACUGGAUCCAAACUCCAUAUCUAAGACUUAUGUGACCAACUUUUAUGUGCUGGUAUUGUUUUUGUAGCCAAAUGACAGUUGUGCUGGUGCACUUCUAUCUGUGGCUGGUUCAGUCUCAUUUAGUUUCUUUUGAUUAUUAAAGACAAUUCAAUAAUAACAA